AUGUCCCACAUCUUCAUAUGUAUGUACAUACAAAAUUCAAGACAUCAACAUUCACGACAUUAUGACAAAGUUUAUGCUGAAAUUUGGUAUUCUGAGAAUUUUAACUAUUCUCAGUAUGAUUUACUUAAAAAUUCAUUACGACAAAAAGAAAAAAAAAACUUUAAUACUUUCAAAAGUAUGUAUUACACACCCACUACCCAUGUUUUAGUUUUCCAGCAUUAUUUUCAUAUCAUCUUUUUGGAAAGCUUUCAUGUUCUCUUAAGAAACCCGAAAAGUCUUAGUCACCAAAGUCAUUGCCAUCGCAGCAAAACAUCAGAAAAAAAAGUUUUGUUAUAG